GUCGGGCGUGAAAACACUGUCUUGAACCCAACAUUUGAAGAUAAGCUUUAUGGGAUGAGAUAAACUCCAAUAUUCAAGUCUCUCUUUGCGUCUCAUAUUCAAACUGUAAUGAGAUAACAUUUCAUUACAGUUUCAAGAUAAGCUUUUGGAUGAGAUAAUGAUCUCUUAGUGGUUUAGUCAAAGUAAACAAGACUUUGACUGUUCAACUUCAACCCAAUCAAGAGUCAACGGUCGGAGUUAUUCAAAACACUAGUUUUUGAAUUUAGUAGCUUCAUCUAUAUAUAACCCAGGAGAAGCAGAAAUCUUCCAAGAAAGAAAUGGUUACAUACAAGAUUUGGGUGAUGUCUUUCAUCAUAGCAGGAGCUAUUUUAGGAGGAAUAAUCCCUGGAGUUACUACAACAAAGACAGCGAUCGCGUGUCCUCUCUAUUGCUUACAAGUAGAGUACAUGACAUGUCCUUCCUCCGGCGCUGACAAGCUUCCUCCAAGAUGCAACUGUUGUCUUGCUCCCAAAAAUUGUACUCUCCAUCUCUCUGAUUCUACUACUAUCCAUUGUAGCAAAUGAUAUAUAUCUAGUAAGAAAUACCUGAUGGUAUCCCUCCUUCGAAUCCCAUCCAUUCCUCCCACUCAUCGAUUUCACCCAUUUCUGUAAUCUCCAUUUCUUCUUCUUCUUUCUUAAACUUUUGCAUCAAACACUGAAAAUGUGAUUAAUAUAAGGAAAAUGGUUUCAAUU